AUGGCUCAGGUGCUCUUCGACCUCCACAAACAAUAUGGUGACAUUGUUCGAAUUGGCCCCAAUGAGCUUCAUUUUGGGCGACCAUCAGCGUUCCACGAAAUAUACAAUGCCGCUCGACGGUGGGACAAGGACGAAGCUCUGUAUGGCACACCUGGGAUUCGAUCUGGCUCCUUCGUCCUUCUCAAGUACCAUCACGCGAAAGAGCGGCGGAAUGUUCUACAACCAAUGUUUUCCAAAAAGGCGAUCUUGAACAUCGAAUAUCUUGUAUGGCGCAAUGCAAAACAUCUUGUCUCGUCUAUGACAAAUAUUAAUGCAGCAGGACAGUCGGUUGAUCUGCUGUACGCCUUCCGCUCCUUUACUCUCGAUACUAUCAUGUGCUUCACCUUUGGCACCUGUAUGGGCGCUCUGAAUUCUCCUGGAUUUGCGGACCCUUUGAUAGUUGCAAUGAACUCUAGCUUACGUGCCCUUCCGAUUUUGAAGAACUUUCCGCUCAUCCGUAAAAUUGCCUACAGUAUACCACACCGAUGGAUGAUGAAGAUGCUUCCAGGCAGCAAAAGUCUCGCCCCAAGAAUUUACCACGUGUGGGCAAUAAUACAAGACCAAUUAGAUCAAAUACUGCAGGACCCACGAAAGCUAGACGAGGCGCCCCACCAAACUAUCUUUCACCAAAUGUUAAACCCAGAAGCCCACCGCAGCAAAUCACUCCCAAACCACGACGAGUUGCAGGAAGAAGGUGUCACGUUGAUAUUCGCGGGUGCAAGCACUGUUGCAGAUGCAAUAUUGAUAGGACACUGGCACUUGCUCAAUCAGCCGAAGCUUCUCCGCAGACUAAAAUCGGAGGUUUUAGCUGUAUGGCCUGACAUAUCGAGUCCUCCUUCUUUAGAAGACUUGGAAACGUUGCCACUCCUUACAGCAACUAUUAAGGAAUCCCUACGGCAUAUCCCGUCCGGCGUAUCACUAACACGUGUUGUUCCUAGCUCGGGUGCUAUGAUAUCCGGUCAAAAGAUUCCUGCGGGCGCGAUAGUCGGCAUGGCCAUACUCCAUGUUCACUUUUCCGAGGAAAAAUUCAAAGAUCCUUUGAGUUUUACCCCAGACCGCUGGCUGGAACAACCUGACUCUGCGAAUCUUGACCAUUGGUUGGUUCCGUUUAGUAGAGGGCCGCGAAUGUGCUUUGGGACAAACCUGGCUUGGUGCGAGUUAUACAUAGCAUUCGCCACGACGAUACGCCAGUUUGAUAUGGCGAUAGAUGGAACUACGCCCCAGGAUAUGGAAUGGAGGGAGUGUAUCGCUGCGUACUAUCCCAGGCGGCAUUUGCAUGCUUGGUGCCAGCCAACUAUCCCAUGA